GGAAGGCAGCCGGGGCAGGUUCGGAGGGACACCCGCUCUGCCGGCCAGCGCGUAGCAGGGGUAGAUCUCUCUCUCUCUCUCUCUCUCUCUCUCUCUCUCUCUCUCUCUCUCUCUCGUGUUCCUUUCGGGUUUUGGGGAAUCCGGUAUGUUGCACGCCCUCCCGACAUUUCUCUGGUGAAAAUAGGGAUGUCCUAUUCCAUCAUCAUCGUCGUUCUUGUUAUGGUUUUUUCUAUACCCCACCUAUCUGACCAGGUUGGUCUUCUAAACUCUAGACCAGGGGUCAGCAAACUUUUUCAGCAGGGGGCUGGUCCACUGUCCCUUAGACCUUGUGGGGGGCCGGACUAUUUUUGGGGGGGGAUGUGAACAAAUUCCUAUGCCCCACAAAUAACCCAGAGAUGCAUUUUAAAUAAAUUGAGAAGGCGAUUGGGCCGCAUCUGGCUCCCGAGCUUUAGUUUGCCUACCCAUGCUCUAGACACUCUGGGCAACUUCUGACAUAUAUAUAUAUAGUAUAUUUGAUUUAAUGAUGUAAUGGGUUUUUAUAUUUUAAAUAUAUAUAUAUAUAAAUUAAAAAUAUAAAAACCCAAUACAACAACAUUAAAUCAAAUAUACUGCAUAGAAACAGUUGUAAAAAAAUGGUAAAAACAAAAAAUGGUAAAAAUUAUAUAUAUAUACAUUAUAUAUGUGUGUGUGUGUAUGAACACACACACUAGUAAAAACCCAAUACAGUGUCACUAAAUCAUGAAUGUUUUAAUGUGUUUUUAUGUAUGUUAGAUGCUGCCCAGAGUGGCUGAUAUAUAAAACAAAUAUAUAAAAACCAAAAAAAGUGAAAACAAAAAAUAGUAAAAAAUAAAUAAAUGGUAAAAACAAAAAAAAGUGUAUGCACAAACACACACACACACACACACACACACAGUAAAAACCCUAUACAACAUCAUUGAAUCAUGAAUGUUUAAUGCUUUAUUAUGUUUUUAUAUAUGUCAGAAGCCGCCCAGAGUGGCUGGUAUAAACAGUAAAAAAAAUAUUUAAAAACUUCCCUAUAAAGGGCUGCCUUCCGAUGGCUCAGCGGUCCAGGAGUAACUCCCUACCCUCCAACAUUUAUCCGAUGAAAAUAGGGACGUCCUAAGGAAACGGGGGGCAUUCUGGGAUCAAAUCAGAAACUGGGACAGCUUCUGUAAAUCUGAAACUGUGCCUGGAAAACAGGGACGCUUAGAGGAUAUGCGUUCUGUUCACAGAAUCACAGAAUUGUAGAGUUGGAAGGGACCCUGAGGAUCCAACCCCCUGUAAUGCAGGAAUAUACAGCUACAGGGUUUGAACCUACAACCUUAGCAUUAUCAGCACCACACUCUAACCAACUGAACUAUGAUAGGUCAUUCAGUAAAUUACUUUGGUUAUAGAAAUAUCCAUCAUCCUGCCUAGCUUGGGAAUCUGAAGCACCUAUGUUUUCAAGUCAGAUCACUUUGGAGAUACUUUAAUAUGGUUGGUAUCUGGACUGGUUGUUCUGCUUCUGCAGUUGCUUGAAGACUUGUAAUAAAUUGGCAAAAGUUGUAGGAUGAUGGAGAUUCUGUAGCUGUAAGUUUGGUUGCAUUCCUAGUUACACUUGGAAUGCCACAGAGAAAGAAAACAGAACCAGCAUUAUAAAAAGGUAAAGGUAAAGGACCCCUGGAUGGUUAAGUCCGGUCAAAGGCGACUAUGGAGUUGUGGCACUCAUCUCGCUUUCAUGUCAAGGGAGCCGGUGUUCGUCCACAGACAGCUUUCUGGGUCAUGGGGGCAGCAUGACUAAACUGCUUCUGGUGCAAUGGGACACUGUGACGAAAGCCAGAGCGUAUGGAAACACAGUUUACUUUCCCGCCACAGCGGUACCUAUUUAUCUACUUGCACUGGUCUGCUUUCGAACUGCUAAGUUGGCAGGAGCUGGGACAGAGCAAUGGGAGCUCACUCCGUCUCGGGGAUUCAAACCGCCAACCUUCCGAUCGGCAAGCCCAAGGGGCUCAGUGGUUUAGACCACAGUGCCACCGGCAUCCCUACCUGCAUUAUAAGAAAAUAUGGAACUGGAUAAAAGUUUAAAAGUGGAAUAAAGCGGUAGUGAGAAGAUCCGCACUUCCAGUAAUCCCUGGGUGUGUUUUUUUUUAAUACCUGUGUACGUGCUCAGAAUGGGGGGGGGGAGUAGCGGAGGGUGUGGGUGGAGUAAUCUAGGAUUGCAUGAAAGGCUACUGGAAGAACAAAUAAAAAUAAUUAAAAUUUAUGAAUGCCCUUUCUGACAAAGCAAAUGCUAUCUAAGUACCACCUUUUGCUUGGGGGGAUAUGGCUGAGGAUCAGGAAAUUGACUUAAGAAAAAUCUGAGAAGGUGCCAGGAAUGUUGCUCCUGCUUGCUUCUGUUCUUCUCCUCCUCUGGGUGUAGCUGGGCAAUGAAACUGUGUAGAUGAGUCUAGCAAUUUACAUAGAAAGAGUGGAAAUACAAGACCAGGCAGUAUCAAAAUAACUUCCAUAGGAGUGGUGAAAUCAAAACGCAAAAGGCAGAACAAAAUUCAAACCAGUGUCACUGAGGAAGCAAGUAGUAUUUAAAAUCUUACAUGGGCUACACCACCCAAGCAUCAAAGCCGUUUGCAAGAAACCCUUCAUUUAAAAAACAAAACAAUUGAAGCCGCGGCAAGGAAAAGCAGUCUGUGAUCAUGAUAAAAUCAAACAACAACAAAAACAGCUGCCAUGGAUCAUCUAUGAGAAACCUUGGAGAAAUAAAAAGUCUUAAUUUGCCAUUUAAAUGAUAAAAGAGUUGGCCCUUUCUGAACCUGCCUGGGGAGGGUAUUCCAUAACUGGGUCCACCACUGAAAAGGCUCUCAUCCCAGUCAUUAGCCAUCUCGCUUUCGUAAGCCAGAGCAGCCAGAGGAGGACUUCCACAUGAGAUCUUAGGUUUGGGACAGGUUGUGUAUCUUUGAGAAGUUGUUGCAUACUUUUUCAUUUGCACAUAAUCUGGCUGUGUCGUAAAUUUAAGCCGGUAAAAGACAGCAUUCCAGUCAUAUAGCAUUAACUGGUCUGGGUUUGGAAGUUUUAAAGUGUCCUUAUUAUUUGCCCUGUUUUCAUACGAUAGAACUUGCAGAUUGCGUUCUACUCCCAGGGACCCUCUUCCUAACACUUUGUGAUCCUUUGUGAACACAAGUUGUGAUCCUGUGCAUGCAUAUUUCUUGAGAGUAAAUCCCAUUAAAGUCAGAGAGCCUCACUUGUGUACGUUAUGGUCAUCAAACUUCUGAGCAGGGAUGGGCGAAUCUGUCAAAUUCAAUUUCUCUCAGUUAUUUCGUUUCCUAAAACAACCAUUUUAAGUUUCAUAAUAGCCACCCUAACUUUUUUUAAAGCUACUAAAGUAUCUCCCUCAUCUCAUUUCCCCCUCAGUCUUUCUGCUGGUCGCAGCCAUGCUCUCCACUCUCAUCCCUCGACAGACACUCUUGACAUUCAUUUCCACCCGCUUACUGUCAAUCAUAACCCACACACCUGCUUUCAAACAACUGUCUGAAUUUCAUGGCCGUGCCCAUGAUAGCAGGGGGCGAUUUUACUGCAAACUUGAACCUUGCAGUUAUGACCUCCAUAAACACACUAGCAGGGUUUAAUAUAUGAACGCCCAAUUUACCAGUCAUGGGGAUGGGCAGAACAGGAGAGCAGAUCUUAAGAUAUGGGUAGGAUAGUAUGGGUGCAGAUGGUUAGAUAAAGAGUUUGGGUCCACACACUGCUCAGGUCUCCUGUAUGGAGCUGGGGCCUUGCCCGGAAGCUCAUGGAGGACUGGCCUUUGUCCUCAUCCUCUCCAGCACACCUUUCUUAUACUUAUAACAUUAUUGUUUAGGAUGGGGGUGGGGGUUAGUUUGGAUGAUGCUCAUGGAUCUAACCAAACGUGUAAUUUGGUAUCUGCAAGAUUGGAGUUUGUAAUAGAGGGAACCUGUUGAACUGGUUGAGUCAGUUUCUUUGUUAGGCAAAUUUAUCAAAUUUUCAGAUGACACCAAACUGGGAGGGGUAGCCUAUGCCGCAGAAGACAGAAUUGGGAUUCAAUGUGACCUUAACGGAUUGGAGAGCAGGGCCUAAAGCAAGGGUUGCCCAAAGGUUUUUCAAAGAGGGCCAGAUUUGAUGAAGUGAACAUGCAUGAGGGCCAACCAAAGUUUUUUAGGAUUGAAGUUGUUGAGCUUUUGGGGGGAUUUUACCCCAGGAAUUAAGCUGCCACAGGGACUGGAUUGAACCAGCCGGCAGGCCGGAUUAGACCCACAAAACGGACUUUGGACAUGCCUGGCCUAAAUGAACAAAAUGAGUUUAAAUAGGGACAAAUGUCAGGUUCUAUACUUAUGCAGGAAUAACUAGCUGCACCAGUAUAAGAUGGGGCACACCUGCUCUUGAGGGUAGGACUCGAGGCAGUGGCUCCAAGUUACAAGAAAGGAGAUUCCGACUAAACAUUCAGAAAAAAACUUUCUGACAGUAAGAGCUGUUCAGCAGUGGAACAGACUCCCACGAGAGAUGGUGGACUCUCCUUCCUUGGAGGAUUUUAAGCAGAGGUUGUAUGGUCAUCUGUCAUGGAUGCUUUAGCUGAGAUUCCUGCAUUGGAGGGAGUUAGACUAGAUGACCCCUGGGGUCUCCUCCAACUCUAAAAUUCAAUGAUGCUAGUCCAUGUUAAGUUGCACCACCGACAGGAGCAACUCAGGUUGUGGCCUGAAUAUGGAAUAUGGUAUGUGUCUGCCUGUGCUGUCCCUAUACCACUCAUGAAACUUAUCUGAUUUUAGCCGUUUUGGCAUAUUUUCACUGGCACGAGCAUUGUGCCCAUGGAGGAGGCCAUUGGCAUACCCCAGGAAUUAUGCAACAUAUCAGGUGUUGCAGCAGCAUAGGGGGCGCUUUUGCUGCAUCAGCUGACGCAUAGCUCCCUAGCUUUGGAAUGAGUCGCCUACAAGUGCUUCUAAUACAGAAAAUAAGGCAGUUUUGGUAUUGAAUUCAGCCUACAAAGGCAGGAAAUGCACAAAAGCAAUCUGUGCAUAAGGUAUGUUGGAAAGGUGACUGAGAAAUGGAUAAACAAAUAAAACACAUGUCCCUAGUUAAAUACGCUUAAGUGUCUUGGGGGAUAAUGAAAGCCAGCCCCUGCAGGGGUGCUGUUGCAUACUACAGCUUAUAAUUUUAAUUUUUAGUAAGUUAACUCCUCUUGUUCCCUAUAGUAAGAUAAUAAGAACACAUACGUUGCAUGCUAACUAGAUUUGAAAACCUAAAUCUAAAGCCAUAGUCAUAAAUAUAAAUGAAGGCUAGAGGUGUAUGCAUCUUGGACGGCUGGUUUUUAAUAAAUUAUUGCAGUCAGCUACCAGUCACAUGCAAAAUCUGGAACACACUUUUAUAAUAACUCUCCUAAAGGCAGAAGAGGAGGUCUCAUAAUCAUAGGAUUUCAUUCCAACAUUUCUUUUAUUUUUUCUGGUCUUAAAUCUUCUGAUUUAUGCAAUGGUUUGCUGGCUUCCAUAACUGUAUAUCAUUUCAUAGAAAACCCCUAUCAUUAUAUUAUAAUGUUGUAUUCACAUAUAAAUGUAUGCAAAUAUAGAACAGUAUUUUCUUUGAUGUUGCCAGGUAUGUGUUAGGGUUGUUAUAAUUAUGGUUACGUUGUGGUUAUUAUUAUUAUUACAGAGGAAAUAGCACUUAUGUCAAGAUUUAGCACUUUGAGGAAAAUCUACACCUGUGAGCUUUUAUUUAUUUAUUUUUAAUUUGCUUUCCACAUAAAAUUAAAAAUGAAUAAACGUUUGUUGGUUAAUGAAAAAUAGCUGCAGGUAUAACAGCAGAUGGUAUUUAUAAUAAUUUGUUUUUUAAUUAAGCAAAUAUAGGAUCCUGGAAAAUACCAUGGGGAGGGGAAUCUAACACAGAACAGAUUUCUUCUCUUACAUACAUAGAUAGUUCUCACAUAGGACUUGAUAUACUCCCACCAAGGCAUCAUUGCUAAAACUUGAUGUAAUAAAGCACCAAAAAUUAAUAAUAUGAGUAGUCUCUUAUGCUAUAGUCAAAGCAAACUGCUAAUGUGUUUGAAGUCAAGUAUAUGCUUAAGGGCUUUUCCAAAUCAGUUUGCAUUAUGCUUCGCAGGAGAAACAUUUGCCCUGAUUUUUCAUUUUUCAGUUAUGCUUUAAUUCUUUAGUAAUGGAUCUCUGAGUAGUAUGCUCAAAUAGCAUGCAAAGGUUUCUUUUUUUCAAGGAAUAAAACUUCCUGAGGGCCAAACAAAAGUUACAUGAGAGAUUCACAACAGAGACUGCAAUGUUAUGCACUGCUUACUUUUGAGUAAGCCCACUGAGGUCAAUGGAAAUUACGUUCAAAUAAAAAUGUAAACAAUCUGACUGCAGAUCUCCUAAAAGCAAUCAUGGAGGGACAUGAUUUGGAUUGGGGCCCCUCACAGUGAUUCCCCAAAGGAAAUUUCCUCAACCCUCCAGAACUCCUAUUAGCAAUGGAGGAGAAAACAUAGAGGCACUAGUUGCCUUGUUUGGGUGACUCCAUCCCCUUGCUCCCUCAAUUUGCAGUUGUUUUAAUUUUGAUGUUUUUGUAACCCACCCUAAGACCACUGGGUGAAAUAUGGGCUGUAAAUGCAAAAGAAAGAUCAGCCGAUGAAUAAGAAUUUAGUCCAAUUAAGCAGCAAAAUAUCAUUUGAUCAGAAGCCAUACAGGCAUAUGUGUGGGACGAUAUUUUAUUUUAUUUUAUUUUAUUUUAUUUUAGCUCAGAGCACAAUUUGGGGAAUUGGAGGAGGAAGAUUACAAUGAUAUAAAAAUAAUUUUUUGUCACUAAUUACGGUUGUCUCAAAUUAAAGUUGUCACAAAUUAAAGCGACUGGUGUUCAAUAACUCAGAAGCACUUCCCAAGGGCUUCAAUCACUGGAAUCCACUGGUAGAACUAUAAAUACAAAUAAAUGGAGGCUGGUCCAUUAGGAUGAAUGGGACAUUGGCCCACCAACAUCAUCCUGCCCUCCAUCAGCCAUUUGCCUACCUUCCUGCUUGCAACCAGUUCAUCUGUCACUGCCUGCCAGCUUUCUCCUCCUUAGUCUCAAUGUUGCCCUUGUAGAACUCAGCAGGGAGGAGGAUGGGGACAAAACUAGCAUCAGUUUUCUCUGGCUCCACCUACUGUUCAGCUCCCCGCCUUCUGCUCUAUCAGUCCCAAUGGGCACCAGCCACCACUGCACACACUUUUCCUCUGGGCUCAAGAUGGUCUUCUUCUUCUUCUUCUUCUCUUCAGCGCUGCUACGCUACAACCCAACUCUUAUUCCCCAGUAGCAUCAGGCUCCUCAGAGUAGCCACGACCACCACCUAACCUUUCUAAACAUUCAGUAAACAUUUUGUUCAGUGGGAAUUCCAUCCACAAUGCUGCCCUCCCCUUUCUCUUUCCCUUAUGUGUCAGGGCUGCAAUACCUCAAGGACUGCUUCUUCCCAUAGAAACCGUCCCAGACUCUGCGUUCUGAGGCCCUUCUUUGUGUGCCUCCUCUGCGUGAGAUCAAAAGGGUGACAACACAAGAACGGGGUAUUUUCUGUAGUGGCUCCCAGUUUGUGGAAUGCUCUCCCCAGGGAGGAUUGCCUGGUGCCUUCAUUAUACAGUGGUGCCUCGCAAGACAAAAAACUUGCUAGACGAAAGGGUUUUGCGUUUUUUGAGCUGCUUCGCAAGACGAAUUUCCCUAUGGGCUUGCUUCACAAGACGAAAAACGAAAACGUCUUGCAAGUUUGUUUCCUUUUUCUUAACACCGUUAAUACAGUUGCGACUUGACUUCAAGGAGCAACUCAUAGAACGCGGUGUGGUAGCCUUUUUUGAGGAUUUUGGUGAUUUUUGAAGCUUUUCCAAAACUUCUUUUGCAGCCAUUUGGUAAGUUAAACUUUUAAAACUUUUUGGGGGGUUUUUGGAUUUUGGGUUGGGGUGUUUGGAAUUCAAGGACUUGGUGUUGGGGAGGGGUUUGCAAGAAUCUGGAAGCUUGUGUUUUUUUUCUGCAUUUUUAUGAUUUUCUGUGACCAUUGGGCCACUCUGCUGUUUUUUAAAAAAAAUUCUGGAUUUGAAUUUCUGUGUGGUGGGUGGCUGGGGGAACAGUUGAGGAGGGGUUUGCAAGAAUCUGGAAGCUUGUUUUUUUUUUCUGCAUUUUUAUGAUUUUCUGUGACCGUUGGGCCAUUCUGCUGUUUUUUAAAAAAAAUUCUGGAUUUGAAUUUCUGUGUGGUGGGUGGCUGGGGGAACAGUUGAGGAGGGGGUUCUUCAGCAAGAAGCAAAGAGUGGACGAGGAACCUUCUUCCAGUUGUCCCCCAGAGUCUUAGAAAAUGUACUGUACACUUUGUUGAUUUUUAAAUGUUUUUCUGUCAUGUUUAGAAACUUAAUUUAUUGUUCCUUCAGUUUUUGAAAUGCUCUUUACAGUAUGUGUGACUUUAAAGAGCACUUAAUAAACUCUUGUUGUACCAAAUUUGGCUUUGUUUGGACUUUUUUUGACCAUAGGAACGCAUUAAUUGAAUUUCAAUGCAUUCCUAUGGGAUUUCGUGCUUCGCAAGACGAAAAAUUCACUAGACGAAAAAACUCGCAGAACGAAUUAAUUUCGUCUUGCGAGGCACCACUGUAUACUUUUAGGCGCCAGGCAAAAGCGUUCCUCUUCAACCAGGUCUUUGACUGAUUAUUAUCCUGUUGUUGUUUAGUCGUCUCCAACUCUUCAUGACCCCAUGGACCAGAGCAUGCCAGGCACUCCUGUCUUCCACUGCCUCCUGCAGUUUGGUCAAACUCAUCUUGGUAGCUUUGAGAACACUGUCCAACCAUCUCGUCCUCUGUCUUCCCCUUCUCCUUGUGCCCUCCAUCUUUCCCAACAUCAGGGGUCUUUUCCAGGGAGUCUUCUCUUCUCAUGAGGUGGCCAAAGUAUUGGAGCCUCAGCUUCAGCAUCUGUCCUUCCAGUGAGCACUCAGGGCUGAUUUCCUUCAGAAUGGAUAGGUUUGAUCUUCUUGCAGUCCAUGGGACUCUCAAGAGUCUCCUCCAGCGCCAUAAUUCAAAAGCAUCAAUUCUUCGGCGAUCAGCCUUCUUGAUAGUCCAGCUCUCACUUCCAUACAUCACUACUGGGAAAACCAUAGCUUUCACUAUAUGGACCUUUGUUGGCAAGGGUGAUGUCUCUGCUUUUUAAGAUGCUGUCUAGGUUUGUCAUUGCUUUUCUGCCAAUAAGCAGGCGUCUUUUAAUUUCAUGACUGCUGUCAUCAUCUGCAGUGAUCAUGGAGCCCAAGAAAGUAAAAUCUCUCACUGCCUCCAUUUCUUGUUUAUUAUCCUACAGCCUUUUAAAUGUGUCUGGGAAAGGGAGGUAUUGUUUCGCUGUUUUGUUUUACUUAUUGACUUGUUUUUAUUUUGUAUUAUAUUAUGCGAACCACCCUGACAUCUUGCGAUGAAGGGCCAGUAAACAGAUAAAAAAGAGGAACAUGCCCUCUCUCAUUUUUAAAGGUGUCUGUACACUGUGGUUUGCCAGCCACAAAGGGAUAUGGAAAACGAGAAGAAGUGUGAGCAGAUCUCAGUGUGCGCGGCUGGCUGUGUGUUAUUUCAUCCGGCAGCCGGGAGAGAUUUCUCUCUGCUUCGGCACAAAAGGGCUCCGAACCAAUCCAGAAGCACUUCCCUGUGGCCAAUCGGAAGCCGCCUUACACAAAGGUCUUAGAAAAAGGAAGCUGAAUAGAGUACACAAGCUUUCUUUCUCUUUGCCUGCCAGCCUGCCUCUAGCAGACUGACUCUCCUAGGCAGGGUGUCACUGCGUUCAGGGUACGCGCUGUGUGAAAGGUUGGAAAAGAUCUACGCACCACCACGGACAGAAAGAGCCAUAGGCAAAGAGGCUUUCUUUCCCCACACACCCCCUGUUUUCUCCUCCUUUGCUACUACUAGCUUGAAGGCUUCUUUGCCCAUGUAAUGCACUCGCUCACCCAGGAAAUCAAAUCUUUCUCCAGGACUAAUCUGAAGAAACAAUGCACCAGAGUGACUACUCUAAGUGGGAAGAGAAUCAUAGAGACCUGGAAGGAUGCUCGGAUGCACGUGGUGGAAGUAGCGGAUGGUAACGAUGGGGAUGGCUGUGGUUAUGUGCAAGACCUGAGUCUGGAUCUUCAAGUUGGUGUGGUGAAGCCCUGGCUGUUGCUUGGUACGUAGGUGGAGCCAAGAAACGGAUGCAUAUGGGUAUUAUUAGGAAGCUUGUAUUUAUAUAUUGAUCUGCCUGAUUUAGUAGACUUGCAGGACAUUUAAGGGUUUCAUCUUUCCUAGCUCUUGUAAAAUGUUAUGGUCUCUGUCACUCACCUUUUAGUGUUAUUUGAAACAAGCCCGUGGCUUCAUCCGAAAUAGGCUGGGUGGUCUUGCACUCUGUAUCUUACUCCUUGCCCAGGUUACCGAAUAAAAUGUUGUUCUCUCCUCACAGGGUCACAAGAUGCUGCCCAUGACCUGGAGACAAUGCAAAAAUACAGGGUAAUGAAGCUAUGUGGGUUUUAAAAACAUAAUCACCAUUAUUAAAAAGCUGUCUCAUGUUAAAGAGAUCUAACUUUCAAAGGGGCAUCGCCAGCUAAGUCAUACUCGGAGUAGAGCCCUUGGAAUAAAUGGACUUAAGUGACUUACACCCAUUGAUUUCAGUGGCUUUGUGGGGGGUGAAUGUUGGAUAUCUGGCAGUAGGGUUGUUUGUUUUUAGUUUCUUUGAAACUUAUGUUCCUCAGCAUUUGAAGGAAUUGCAAAAUGUAAGACUAUAUGGCUCCUUAUACAAGACAGAAGAUAACUGAAAUGGAUCCUACGCACACUUAGAUGGCAGUAAGUUCUACUUAAACGUUAAACUGCAAUCCUGUGCAUAGUUACACUCGAAAGUAGGCAGUACAGUGGUACCUCGGGUUAAAUACGCUUCAGGUUACAUACGCUUCAGGUUACAGACUCCGCUAACCCAGAAAUAGUGCUUCAGGUUAAGAACUUUGCUUCAGGAUGAGAACAGAAAUCGUGCUCCGGUGGCACGGAGGCAGCAGGAGGCCCCAUAGGCUAAAGUGGUGCUUCAGGUUAAGAACAGUUUCAGGUUAAGUACGGACCUCUGGAACGAAUUAAGUACUUAACCCGAGGUACCACUGUACUGAACUCCCUGGGAUUUAGUUCCGAUGCUUUAAUUGCCCUUAUAGUCUUCAACUAAUAUGUUUAGGAUUGAGGUGACUGUGUCUGCAUUGGAUUAAGUGUGGGUUAAAGUGGGCUGCUCUUAGUCUUGAGCCCCAUUAUUCUUGAGCCCCAUUAGGUCACAUUCAUUAAGCUUUGUAGGGCCUGGUUUAAUAUUUGUGUAUAGCAAAAUAUUUAAUUUCAUUGCAGUUUUGAACUUGGGUUCAAGAAAUAAAAUGGAAGCAUGUUAGCCUUUGUGAAAGAUUGCUCAGCUGUUGUUGACUGAGGUCCUCAGCCAUGCCAGAAUGUAGAGGUUGCAAAGCUGCCUCUGUCUUGAUUUCUCUUUUGUAUUUUAGGUUACCCACGUUCUCAACGUAGCCUAUGGAGUUGCAAAUGCCUUCCCCAAUGACUACAUAUAUAAGACCAUUCCUAUUCUUGACCUGCCAGAGACUGACAUUGCCUCCUAUUUCCCUGAAUGUUUUGAAUUCAUUGAGCAAGUCAAAUUAAAGGUAAAUUGUUUCUGUGUGUCAUUAAUGAGUGAUUGGAGGCGGGGUGUGUGAGAGCAAAUGUACAUAUUUUACACUGCACGUAUUCUUAAGAUAAAUUAAAAUUCUUUGAGCUUCCACUCUUAAAUACUGUUAUAGAAACAUCAAAUUGUACUUCACACAGGCUUGCUCUGGAUCCCUUUAAGGACUUGUUAAUCACUAAAUGAAUACUGUGAUUAACAAAACAGGGUAUUUUAAAUUUAUGUUGCAAAAUGUUUUGGAUUCUCCAAAUGGAACUGGCUGGAUGGAACUAGCUGGAUGGAACUCCAAAUGGAACUAGAUGGAACUAGCUGUUCCAUCAAAAUGAAAUGAUGCCGUUACAUAACUUUGAGGAUGGAAGGCUCAGAAAGCCUUCAGUUGCUGAAGCUAAGUGAUACUCUCCUCCAAAUUGAAAUCCAGCAUGUAAAUCCAGAAGUUUCCCCUUUUUGCUGAUGUUGUUGGAUCUGCUGACAUCUCCAUGGCAUUUAUUGAUAAAUCUGACCACACUGUGUUGGACAUAACAAUCAUUACUAGAGAUGCCAACACCUGUGAGGUAGUUUCGUUAGCACAAAGACUUCUGGCCACGCAGUAGAAAUGCUCUUCUUUCUCAUCUCCCUGUCCACCACCACAACUCCCCAUAAUCUGUCUUAAGUUUUUCUGCAACCCUUUGAAGCAGAUUUGGAGAUAGGAGAGAGAGAGGAAGUUUUGGUGUGCAAACAGAAAUAUAAUUUCCCCCACAUACGUUUUGAUAAGGAAAGGUAGAAUUCUAUACAGUGGUACCUCAGAUUACAGACGCUUCAGGUUACAGAAUCUGCUAACCCAGAAAUAGUACCUUGGGAUAAGAACUUUGCUUCAAGAUGAGAACUGAAAUCGCACAGCAGUGGCGCAGCGGCAGUGAGAAGGCCCCAUUAGCUAAAGUGGUACCUCAAGUUAAGAACAGUUUCAGGUUAAGAAUGGACCUCCAGAACGAAUUAAGUUCUUAACCUGAGGUACCACUGUAUUAGAAUAAUUAUCUUUGAAAGGCACUUCUUGUACAUAACCACUUGUUCAAGGAAAACAAAGCUUGAUCCAUUUCCCAUAAUCAGCAUGUUUGAUGCUAAAAGCUGACAAUAUCUUGGCUUUUCAAAUCUAACUCCAGGUGAUUCCGUGAGAUUUUCAUUAUUUACAUAGUCUGGAAUUGAGGAAGAUAAUACUGCUCCAUCAAGCUUUGUGUUAUUUUAGAAGGAAGGAACACAGCAUAUUGUUUACAAGUUACCUGAAACGUGUGUUCAUUUCAUGCCCUCCUUGAGGUUUCAAGUUACGGUUUCCACUUCCCUUCUAAAUUAGAUUUGCCAUUCAAAGUAGCUUAGUGUCACUGUUUUACCUCGGAGGUUUAAUUGUUUGAUUAGUCCUUUAUACUCAAGAAUACCCAUAUAAUCAUUUCUAACUAUACUAAUGCUUCAUAAUACAAGAUGCUUUUGUUACCGUAGGAAAAAUAACAUAAUUUAUUCACUUCUGAUUAAAACCCUCCACCAAAUAAAGCAGGACAAAUUAAUAAAGCAUUAGAUUGUGAACAAGUCCACUCUGGCCUCAGAGACAGGCUCUCCCUUCUCAUCCUUUGGCGUGUAUCUGAGGAAGAGAUCAGAGGAAGUUGGUUAAAACCAACUGCAGUUUUGUGGAUACUUUCCAAAAGGGCAAACUGUGGUUAGUUUAAACUAUGAUUUAUUGAUACAGAAACCAUGCUUUCUGGUCUUGAUUUGUUCCAAUGAAUCACAGUUGAAACUAACCACAGUUUCCAGUUUGGACAUAAUGACAAACGGUAGUUAGUUUAAACUUGGAAGUGGGUACUUAAUUUAACACAGAUGGCAGAACGGGAAAUUAUCCUGUUAGUUUCUAUACAAUCAGCAAAAGCUGAUUAGAUAUCACGCACCUAUUUGGGAGAUAGGAUGACUGGAACUGAUCCUCCCUUUAACCAACUUCUCCCAGCAAGUGAUCAGUAGAGGCAAGACUGAUAGUACUCACUUAUCUGUUCAGUGGAAGGAUCUUUGAGUGCAUGCCGCUUACUAGAAAUUCAAGAUCAGUAUAUGAAACAGAAGGCAAACGUGUGUAAUAUUGUAAGAUCUACAUUUGAUGAUGCUCUAUAUAUAUAUAUUUGGGUGGAACAACUUGUUCUUGGAUUGGCGCUUAGAAUUCUUUACCAGUAGAGAAAAUGGCAUGAUAUCAGUUGUUAUUGAUAAUGGUUUUCUAAAUGUGCUCUCUCACUCUCUCUUUGUUUCUCUUGGAGGAUGGUGUGGUACUAGUUCACUGUAAUGCAGGAGUCUCUCGCGCAGCAGCUAUCAUCAUAGGCUUCCUAAUGCACUCAGAAGGACUCAAUUUUUCCAGGGCCUUUACUUUGGUGAAAAAUGCAAGACCUGCUAUCUGUCCAAAUCCUGGCUUCAUGGAGCAACUCCACAAAUACCAUCAGUGCAAUAAUAAAAGCAAGGAAACCUAAAACAAUAUAUAAUUAUGAAAGAGGAAAAAAUAGCCUUUGUGCUUGCACUGUACUGAGAGAAGCUGUUGGUUUUUCUUUUUUUACUGCGUUGUAAUGAGCUGCCCUGAAUUACACCUCUAAAACUGUUGUUAUAAAGUUAGCUUCACUCUAUUUGUUGUAUAAUUUUAAGUUCACAACACCUCAAAAUAAAUAUUCUGUGUUUUUUUUAAUUUUCAAAAAAGGGGAUAGAACAAUAAAGAAUCAAAAUGGAUUUGCAAAGCC